AUGGAGUCAGAUGAUGAAUUCAAUCAGUUUGUAAUGAACGACCUGAUGGAUCCGUCAUCUUCAGAUGAUGAGAAUGAUCUGUUUUUUGAUGUCGCGCACGUGAUCGUUGAUGAUUAUUUCUCAGAUAAUCCUACAUUCAAUUCAAAGACUUUUAGAUGGAGGUUUCGAAUGAGGCGACCUAUAUUUCUUCGCAUUAUGAAUGCUGUUGAGGAACAUGACAACUAUUUUGUGCAGAAGAGGAAUGUUGCCGGUGUGCUAGGUCUAUCUUCUCUUCAAAAGGUCGUUGCGGCUUUUCGUAUGUUAGCUUAUGGAGUUCCGGCUGACGCUUUGGACGAAUACAUUCGUAUUGGUGAGAGUACUGCUCUGGAAGCUUUGCGAAAGUUUGUAGUAGCUGUUGUUGAGGUAUUCGGACCAGAGUACAUGAGAUUGCCUAACGAACAGGAUACAACUAGGUUGCUUGCAAUUGGAGCAAGCAGAGGAUUUCCAGGGGGGGAAGGUCCACAAGUUAAGUACAACAUCAAUGGGCAUGAUUAUUCAAUGGGAUAUUAUUUAGCAGAUGGCAUAUAUCCAUCAUGGGCAACUUUUGUUAAGACCAUUCCAGAGCCACAAGGUAAUAAGAAAAAAUAUUUUGCAAAGGCACAAGAAGCCUGUCGAAAGGAUGUUGAAAGGGCAUUUGGGGUUCUACAAUCUCGCUUUGCUAUAGUUCGUGGGCCGGCUCGUAUGUGGGAUGAAGACACACUCCAUGACAUUAUGAUGGCUUGCAUCAUACUGCAUAAUAUGAUUGUUGAAGACGAACGGGAUGAGUACGGAGGAGAACAAUUUUACAACUUCGACGAUAUGGGACAAUAUCUUUGUAACUACGACGACAUGGGACAAAGGGUGACAGUGUCGCAUAAUUCUUCACCUGAACUUGAUGCAUUUAUUCAAAAAUACAAAAAUAUCAAGAACAAGGAAACCCACUAUCAGCUUAAGGCAGACCUGAUCGAGCACUUGUGGCAAAACCAUUCUGAGUUAUAUAAAAUUGAUUAA